AUGAGCAGCAUGAAACUGCGCGAUAGCAUUCGCGCACCGCUAAGAUAUGGGGAAGACGAUGAUUUUGAUGAAUCGAGACGAACCUCGCUGCGCUAUGGAUGCGAUGACUUCUUUGAUGACUCCGUGGAGCUUGGGGAGUCAGGCAGACCGCGCCCCCAGAAGAAGCGCAAACCCAACAACUAUGUCCCAUUCAACCCAAACCUGCCACCAGCCGCAUUCCCUACUCUGGACAGGCCACAGCCAGCUCGCGACCCCACCAGACAGAAUCGUGCCGGUGAUGACAAGGAAGACGACAGGCAGGCCAAUGGCAUCCUACUUCCUCCCCUCAAUGAGAGGUCGGCGCCAGCAUUGGCUCCCCUUGAGAUGGAAGAUGUCCCAAUGAGCCGUUUUGAGGAUCAUAUCGGCAGUAACAAUAUGGAUAACCCGGUGUAUGCGAGAAACGUUGAGCUGGCGAGCAUGGCUCACAUGGAUCCCACGGGUUUCGAGGAAAUGGACACCUCUUCGGACAGUGACGAUGACACACUGCCAAAUGCGACUCAGGCACUUCUUGAUGCUAUUCCCAAUCCCAAAUGGAGCGACUUACACCGGGCAAUGCAAGUUGAAAUCAUCGAAAACGUGAUGAAGCAUCAUUCAUGGAGACGUGUGUGCGAUCUUCUUGACCUUGGGGCAGACGAGCGAACGAAGUUCAUGGAGACUCUGGGUAUUCGCAACAAGCAGAUUGAACGAGAAAAUAAAAGACUUGAGCAAAUGCGACUGAAGCAGCGCAAUGCACUACUCAGCAUCGAUAACAGCGACUUGAAGCUUUUCGUGCCGCCGCCUCAAUUGGUGUUGAAAAAGAUCGCCAGAGAAACGACUCGGAAGCUGGUGCUCACCAAAUACACCGACCUCUUGAUGUGCCAAGCUCAUGAUGUCCUGAAAGCCAGGCAGUACUUGCAUCAGCAUGGACUUCCUCGGAGAUAUGCUGGCGACUGGGGAGACAGCCUGGUGGUACUGCGAGAGUCUGAGGACAGCCCCCAUGAGCCUGACAAGUUUGAGUGGGCAGAAGACCUGGAAAUCACCCCGCCCCCAGAUGGGAACGAGAAUCAAAUGGAGCCUUCCCACAAUCCAAGCAGCAGUGUCAAGGCCACAUUCAUUCAAAGCGCUGGCAUCAGUGGUACAAUGAACCCAAAGGAUCUAUUACGACACAGCAGUGACCCGCAACCAAUCCCGGACUGGAGCAAAUAUUUUGAACGGAACCCAAACUCUUCGUGGAACACCGAUAGGCCCCGGCAUGGGGGAUUUGUCAGGCUUCAUAUUGGUCCAAAUAGAGCGGCGCAGAUCCAACAAUAUGAUCGGACUGGUAUUAGACCUCAAGAACGGCCCGUGUAUAUGGGAUCACCAAGACCGAGCUUGCAGUCAUCACCUCUACCAGAAAACCCCCAAGAUACACCAUCGAAGCCACCGCGGAAGGGCACUGCCCAGCCAAGGUUCCUAAAACCUGCCAAGCCUUUCAGCAGGGUCCUUACUGAGGACUGGCCCCCGAAAGAUCGCGGACCAUCUGAGAGCCAAGCUAGAUUUAGUCAUAGCAUGCAUCAGGCUAGGCUUGAAAAGAUGGAGGUUAGAGCAAAGGAGAUGCGUCGACGGUACAGCUUGCAGCCCGGCCUGCGCGUCGAUGGCGUCGGUGCUGGAAUCAAUUUUGCAGAUCGAGAUCCUCAGCUAACUUCCAGGAGCCAACCCCGUCCUGUGAGUCGGCCACGUUCUUUGAAUCAGUCACGUCGUUUGAAUCAGCCACGCGCUUCGAACCAUUCACGCCCUCGGAGUCAGCCAGUGGAAGCAAACUUGCCUUCAAAUUUAGAAGAUCUACCCUCGAACUUUUUCUCCCGCGCACACCGUGGAAUGACAAUGGGAGACUUUGACCAAAUGAUGAGUGAAUUCAUUUGCUUCGAGCCUAUCGUGCCACCAGAAGAAAGCGAGCCCGAGCAGACCGAGGAAGAAGCUGCCGAGAAUCUUGACGACCAGGAAAGUUCCGAUGUCAGCUCACUCACCGAUCUAUCCAUGGAUGAUGUGAUGCUGGUGCCGACGGAUGGAUGUUCCCCUUCACUGUAG